AUGGCGCCGGCGGCCGGGGCGGCCGGGGCGCUGGGCGCCGCUGUCGCCGCCGUGUACGCGGCCACGCUGCCGCCCGCCCUGCCCGGCGGCGACGCGGAGAGAGACCCUGUUAGUGGUCAGAUCGAGGGACACGCCUUUUUACAUUAUUUUUUCACAGGGGAGCUGAUCACAGCUGCAUAUGAGCUUGGAGUCGCCCACCCUCCCGGCUACCCCCUGUUCACGCUGCUGGCCACGCUGGCCAUGGGGCUCGUGCCCGGCGGCUCCGUCGCCUACCGAGUGAACCUGCUGUGCGCCGUGGCGGGAGCCGCCGCCGCCGCGCUGCUCUUUUACACCGUGGCCAGGCUUUCUGGCUCAUAUGCUGGAGGAAUCCUUGCUGCGGGGGUGUUUUCAUUUUCUCGCCUAACAUGGCAGUGGUCCAUCGCGGCAGAGGUUUUCAGCUUAAACAAUCUGUUUGUGGGGCUGCUUAUGGCUCUCACGGCGCAUUUUGAGGAGGCAUCCACUGCGAAAGAGAGAUCAAAGAUCGCCAAACUCGGUGCCUUUUGCUGCGGCCUGAGCUUGUGCAAUCAGCACACGAUUGUGCUUUACAUUAUUUGUAUUGUGCCUUGGGUUCUCUUCCGGCUUUUCCAAAAAAAGGAAUUGUCCCUAGGCCAUUUGCUGAAGUUGGGUUUAUGCUUCUUGGCUGGUUUGCUGCCUUAUCUCUAUCUGCCGGCCUCAUCCUACCUCAAUCGAGCCCGUUGGACAUGGGGAGACCAGACGACUUUGCAAGGAUUUUUGACCCACUUUCUCAGGGAAGAAUAUGGGACGUUCAGUCUGGCCAAAGCAGAGAAAGGAUCCAGUAUGAGAGAGAUAUUGGUUUUCCAGCUGACGCAGAUGAAGUCGGAGCUCUCCCUUGCCGUCCUCACCCUGGCGCUCGUGGCCUGUUUAAGUGCAGCCCUGCUGACAGAGCGGCAGAACUUGCCCGUGAUCUGGCUCUUCACUGGGAUGCUCUGUGUUUACUCCCUGUUCUUUGCUUGGAGGGCGAAUCUGGAUAUUACAAAGCCUCUGUUCAUGGGUGUGGUGGAGCGGUUCUGGAUGCAGAGCAACGCGGUGGUCGCCGUGCUCGCCGGCCUGGGGCUCGCCCGGCUCGUGCCACUCGCGGGCGCCGCGCUGCAGACCCGCCGUGUGCCGCCCUGCCUGGAGUGGCUGCCGGCUCUCGCUCUUGUUGCUUCUCAGAUUUGGGCCAAUUACAGUGCUUGUGAUCAAAGCAGCAAUUAUGUUGUGGAUAACUUUGCAAGAAAUCUGCUGUCCUCGAUGCCGACGGGCGCAGUGGUCUUGCUGCGAGGAGACUUACCCGGGAAUGCUCUUCGUUACCUUCAUUACUGCGAGGGGAUGAGACCAGACAUCACCUUAGUGGACCAGGAGAUGAUGACUUAUGAGUGGUAUUUACCAAAGCUGGCAAAGCAUUUACCUGGCAUUCAUUUUCCUGGAAAACGGUGGAAUCCUGUGGAAGGAGUAUUACCCGAUGGGACACUUGUUUUUAAUCUCCAUCAUUUCCUCAAAGUAAAUAAACAGAAGGAAGUGUUUGUCUGCAUAGGCCUUCACGAAGGAGACUCAACCUGGAAGAAGAGCUACUCGCUUUGGCCCUGGGGAACCUGUGAAAAGUUGGUUCCUUCUGAAGUUGUCUUUGACCCGGGAGAGUGGAUUCGUCUUACAAGAAAUCUCUAUAACUGGACAGAAGACUAUGGAAGAUUCAAGCCCUCCUCCUGGGAAGCUGUUGCGAAUGAGGAGAUGUGGCAAGCCAGGAUGAAAACGGCUUUCUUUAUAUUUGACCUUGCAGAAACUGCCAGUGUGGCUGCAGAAACGAAAUCACAACUUUACACAUUCGCUUACACUUUGUACAAAGAAAUUAUCAGCUCUCAUCCAAAACAUCCAGUAAACUGGCACAAAAACUAUGCAAUAGCUUGUGAAAGGAUGUUGCGUCUCCAGGAGGUGCAUGUGGAUCAGGAGACGCUGCUCUCUGAAACUGUGAAACAUUUCCUUCUGUACACGGAGAAAGCAGAGGACGAUCCCCAGCGGCAGGACAUUCUGCGGGCUGUAAAACACCUGAAGAAAGAGCUGCAGGUGCUGAGGAAAAUGAAAAAGAAAGAUCUGAAGCAGCAAACUGCAGAGAGUCUGUUUUGACAGGCCUUCUGAAGCGUCAAAAUGUUGACUUUGGGCGAUAACAUUGAAUUAAUCAUGAACAAUGUGAGAAUGGCUUUAAAAAGCAACAGAAAUAACAGCAAAGAAGAAAUCGCGUGCGAUGAUCACCUUUGUGGAAACGUACUGUUGUUUGUUCUUUGACAUUGUGCAGCUGAACAUU